UUGUACAAAGUUCUGAAACCAUUGAUAUUUCUGUGCUGUAUAUAAUAGUUAAGAACAUUCCUGAGAUUCAAAGCCCCUCCAAAGGAUGGGGUAAUACUCCCCACCCUGACGACACCUUGCCCUCAGAUGAUGUAGAAAGAAUUCGGAUACAUUAUGAAUUUACAAUGCUGCAAAGGGAUACAGAGUCAAUAUCAUCAACUGCAUUUGAAGAGAAAUGGAGGGAGCUUUCUCAAGCAAUUCGAAGAUUGAGCACAUUUGUCCAAGCACGUCAAAUCGAUGAUAUUCAUUUCUCAGAACUAGACCAAACUACACUGGAAAAGAGUCUUAAAUCAAUGGAAAAGAAUAUAGAAAGGGAAUUGAAAUCACAAUUAGAGAAAAAAGUGACACUCCCAAUCAUUGAAAUCCGAGAACCAAAAUUCAUGAGAUACCUUAAAACUGCUGAAAUUACCAGCACUAUUAAGUCUGCAAACGAAAUAUUAAAAGCUGUUUGGCAGAAAGAAGGCAGGAAUAUUGAGAUUUCUACCCCAAAAUAUCGUGGAAGCAUUGAAAUUGAAAAAAAUGCAAAAGUCGUCAUUAACGUCAUUAAUAAUAUGGACACAGAUGACAUUGGACAUUAUAAACUGAUAGUGAAAAAUGAAUCGGGGAUGGCAAGAAGCAAUGCAGUAUAUCUAAAGAUUAAAGAAAGGUAUAUAAAAUUAGGUAUAAAUAAAUCUGAGAAGUACAAGGGGAGCAAAGAUCAUCCGCAGAAACCUACUUUAUUGAUCAACAACAUAGAUUUUAGUGACUAUGGAAUAUACAUACUUUAUGUUGAGAAUUCUACAGGCACAGCCAUCAGCAACGAAAUAAAACUUGAUAUUGAAGGAGGCUUACCUGUUGCUCACAUAACGGAAGUAAAAGUUGCUCAAAAAUUCUCAUGUCUUGCUGAAAUAUGCAGUAUUCCUGACCCACUGUACGUAAAAUGGCAAAAAUUGGUCAAUAACAAAGCGGAAAAUAUAAACAUUUCUAUACCUAAGUACAAAGGGAGUUCCGAGGAUCUGUCAAGGCCAACACUGGUGGUUCAAGAUCUCGCGAUCGAGCCAGCAGACACUGCCAAAUAUCACUUAAUCGUUUGCAACCCAGUCGGAAAAGGAAGGAGCAAACAAAUUCCAUUGCAUGUGAAAACAACCACAGUCAACUCGGUUUUGAAAGUUGAUCUAGAUUUAAAGGACGAAACGAAGGAAGAAUCAAGCACCUGCCUUCCAGAUAUUCUUUGCAUAUGCAGUCGGGGUUCCAUUAACAUCGAAUUAGAGUUUCCUAACAGGGGAAGUUUUCUGAAAUUUGAAAAAGAUGUUAAAGAAGGCGACAUGAAAGAGAAGCUGACAGACAUUCUUCUUUUUCAACCCUUUAUGCAAAAUUUAGACUUGGGUUUGGAACCUGAUGAUUUUUUUGUAGUAUAUGGAAAUGUUCAAGAAAAAAAAAGCACAAAAGAUAUCGAUUUAAUACCAUUACCAGAGAGUGACGUUUUUGCUGUGGCAAUUGAUCUUGGAAAUACAUAUUCAAGCUAUGCAUUAUCGGAAAUUACUUCAACAAAGACCACUGCUAGUUUGACCAAAAACAAACAUGGCUAUCUUGAAAAAAUCCCAACUGUUCUUCUGCUAGAUAAAGACCUGCAAAUUCAUUCAUUUGGACAUAAAGCAAGAGAGGAGUACAUACACCUUCGAGGACAAAAGGAAGCCGAAGACGUCUUUUACUUCGAAAACUUCAUGAGUUUGAUAUAUGAAACAAACGCAGAGCCGGUAACAAACCAAGAAUUUUCUGACGGACACUUAUAUGUAUCUCUUCUUUGUCCAUUUUUACAGAGUAUGGAUAAGAGCAUUCAAAUACCUGACGCGAAAGGAAGAAAUGUCAGUGCCAAAAUCAUCCUAAGCCGAUGUGCCUCUUAUAUGAUAGAACGAGCAAUAAGACAUAUUCGGGAAGAAUUCGCACACGUUCUGAUGAGUAACUUUAAGUUUGUCUUUACCUUGCCAACAUUUUGGUCUCUAGCAGAUGGAUUUUUCCAGGAUGCUCUCAGUGAACUAUCUUUGGAAAAAGAUCAAGUUUUUACCAUACUGGAAUCUCAUGCCGUUUCACUCUCCUGUCAGAUGCAACAUGCUAAGCAUACUGAUGCCACACUGAACACGGCUUUUCACAAUUUGACCAAGGGAGAUAAAUAUAUGAUAGUUGACAUCGGCGGAGAAACAACGGAUAUCACUGUACAUUCAAGAGGAAAUUUGGGGAAAAAAUUGGACCAAGUUGUUUUUCCGUAUACGGGCCCCGGGGGAGGUAACAAUGUCAACAGGAAAUUGAUAGAUCUUCUAAGAAGGAAUUACAGUAGCUAUUUUGAACAGUCAGGGAAUACUGAUACUACCCAGUAUUUAAUAAAUCAGUUUCAAUCCUCCCUACGAAAGCCAGAUACUCAGACGAUACAACUCCAUGCUCCAGGAAUGAGCAAGGAAAUGGUUAUAAACGCUGAAGAGCUUGAGAGUCUUUUCGAUGAACCCAUUAAACAGAUACUUCAAAAUCUGAAGGACGUUUUCAAUAAGGAGAAGGUCGAUUUAGUCAUUCUAGUGGGUGGAUUUGCAGAAUGUUCAAAAGUCCAGUCCGCAAUUAAAGACUUUUUUAAGGACAAAACUGUCCUUAUACCCAAAGAACCCGGCCUCUUCAUGCUUAAAGCUAAGGUGAUGUGUUUUAUUUAA